CUGGGAAUGAAUGUGAUCAAGCAAAAAGUACCAGCGCUAUUGAUGAGACUGAUAUUGAAGAUUUUACGUUUCUGUUUCAUGAGGAUGUUAUAGAGGAAUCAGCAGGUUCCCAAAAUUUGAAAAAUGUUGCUUGGUCACCAAAAACACCAAAGGAUGUCACUGCUCAGCUGGCAGUUGCAGAGGUCUUCACAACGCUUGACAAAUUUGACCCUCUGUUAACUGAAGACUAUGUGGAAGGGGCUUUUCUCCCCUACCCAGUGGAUGACUCUUUUUCUGUAAAAGAGCUUACCCGUUGGCUGAAGUGCAGAGGUGCUUCAACAGCCAAACUGACCAAACCAGAAUUGAUUAAGAGAAUCAACAGCAGAAUGGAAAAUAAAACCCACAAUGUAAUUGAUCCAGCAGUAGAUAACUUUAAGUGGUACAAUAAAAAAAAGAAGGAACUUGAGGAACAGGUUGGAAAGAUUUCAUCAACUUCAACACUAUCCUGCACUGACAGACCAUGUUCUUGGGGUCAUGGCAGUAGGUCUAAGGAUCCUGGGCUGAUAACUAAGUUGUAUAAAACAUCGACAAAUCCUAUUCGUUCCUGCUUCAGCCCUCUGCCAACUGCUGAGCAGUUAAAGACUGAUGAAGAUCUUGUGAUUAUUAAAGAUAAUUUUUUGAAGUCAGUGCAAAGAUUGUACAUAACAGAGCCAAAGAAGAAAGACCGAAAGAAGACUGCCAGAAAAACCUCAAGAAAGAAUCCGUCAGGGAAGACUAUGGCAAAGAAAAAUACUGGCAAGGAGCCUGAAGCUGAAGAUGACUUUGAAUACAUUUUUGAUCUCCACCUAGAAUUUAAUUAUGAAUGCUACACAGAGCCAGUGGAAAAUGUUAAACUUGUGAUUGCAAUGUGCAAAAUAUUUGCGAAGGAGCGCUGUGAUGUACCUAUUACUGGUCCCAUUGAGAUACCAGAUACAUCAGAGCAAUCCAAAAGUCCUAUGUGGCAUUCCCAGCGCUGUUCCUUCUUUCCCUCAUCUCUCAGUAAGAGGAUAUUUCAUAUGACCCCUAAAGGGUACAAGGCCUUUUUAAGAGAACACUUGUGGCAAAUGAAAAAAUUUAGAGGCAACAAAGCAACAACUUAUGGGACCAAAAAUGAACCAAAGGCUAGAGAAGAAUACGAAGCAUUAUUGAAGAAGACAGAUCCUUCAGUAAAGAUAAGUACAACAGGAAUGUGGACAAAUUCGAGACACCCAGAGUUCUCAUGCAGUCCUGAUGGGAUCAUUGUAAGCGAUUCUGGAAUACGGGAACUACUUGAGGUCAAGUGCCCUUUCUUACUAAAGACAGGAAAUCCAAAUGAUUUUGAGAAGACACUUUCUAAAAAACAAAAGGAGAGAUUUUGUCUCCACUAUGUAAAUGGCAAAGUGACACUCAAGAGGAAUCAUCCGUAUUAUAACCAGAUUCAAAUGGCAAUGGGAGUAACAGAAACCCACAAAUGUCACUUUGUUGUGUGGUCUCCAAAGGACAUAUUCUAUGAAGAGGUGAAAUUUGAUCCUUCUUUUUUCUUCACCAUGAAGAGAAAAAUGGGGCCCCUAUUUUGGAAACUG